GCCCGGGGCCCCACGAGGUCCUGGCCCCCUCCCCAGAGGCCGGAUGCAAAGCCAUCACCUCGCGUUCUGGCCGCCGGGGCCUGCUCUGGCGUCUACGAGACAAGCAGCUGCGCCUCGGCCUGUUUGAGAUCAGCCCGGGACAUGAGCUGCACCGGCUGACGUGUAUGAUGCAGGCAGGGCUCUGGGCUGCCACACAGGUCUCCAUGGACCACCCGCCCAGGGGGCUGCCCACUGAGGACGACUUCUCCGAGGUCCUGACCCAGGUCCACAAGGGCUUCGAGCUGGGCACCCUGGCUGGCCCUGCCUUCGCCUGGCUGCGCCACUCCCUAGGCCUGGCCGAGGAGGACUAUCAGGCCGCCCUGGGCCCCGGGGGCCCCUACCUGCAGUUCCUCAGCACCUCCAAGAGCAACGCCAGCUUCUUCCUGUCCCACGACCAGCGCUUCUUCCUGAAGACCCAGCGGCGCAGGGAGGUGCGGGCGCUGCUCGCCCACCUGCCCCGCUACCUGCAGCACCUGCAGCGGCACCCGCACUCGCUCCUGGCGCGGUUGCUGGGAGUGCACAGCCUGCGGGUGGCCCGGGGCAAGAAGAAAUACUUCAUCAUCAUGCAGAGCGUCUUCUACCCCGCCGGCCGCAUCGCUGAGAGGUAUGACAUCAAGGGCUGCGAGGUGAGCCGCUGGGUGGAGCCGGCCCCUGAGGGCAGCCCCCUGGUCUUGGUGCUGAAGGACCUCAACUUUCAGGGCAAGACCAUCGACCUGGGGCCCCAGCGGAGCUGGCUCCUCCAGCAGAUGGAGCUGGACACCGCCUUCCUCCGGGACCUCAACCUGCUGGACUACAGCCUCCUGAUGGCCUCCCAGCACCUGCAGGAGAACGAGAGGGGCCCGGGCAGCAGCCUCGUCUUCCGCACAGCCAGGUCUGUGCAAGGGGUACAGAGCGUGCAUGAGCCGGGAGCGCAGAACCUUCGGCUGCUGCCUGAUGGCCCCAACGCCCUUCACAUCUUGGACGGCCCCGAGCAACGCUACUUCCUGGGCCUUGUGGACCUCGCCACCGUCUACGGGCUCCGCAAGCGACUGGAGUACCUGUGGAAGGCGCUGCGCUACCCCAACCGGGCCUUCUCCACCGUCAGCCCGGCUCUCUACGCCCGUCGCCUCUGCCAGUGGGUGGAGGCGCACACCGAGUGACCGGCGCGGGGCCGCGCUCUCCCCAUCUGGACAAUGGGCACAGGCCCGGAAUGCAUGUGCCAGCUUGGUCGGGCUCCCCCAGCCUGCUGUUCCUCCAUCCGGCCUCCAGAGGGCAGCAUUCUCCAACUAAUAUGACAACCGUACUUAAUGGUGAUGCUGUGCCUGGCUGGUAUUUUGCCAGGGACUCGCCAUAUUAGCUCAUUUUAUCAAAAAAAAAAAAAAAAAAAAAAUUCUAUUAUUCUCUUUUCACAGACCAUGAAAUGAAGGCUCAUGGGGUGAAGGGACUGAGCAAGAUCACUCAGCAGUAAAUGCUGGAACCAGGACU